UAUUUUAGCAUUUGAUUUACAAAGUUAUAAAGUUAUUUUUUUACAGUGUUGGACUUACAAAAAAUUGACAUAAAAAUUUAUAUGGCAACGGCGUCAUGUGUUUAUAUCACCUGAAAAGUUCGAAGAUCGCAUGCCGGCGUAAACAUAUUAACGAUGGGUUUCCAAAGCUAUUUCUGGACGAUUUUUGGAGCGGUAACAGGCCUAAAGCUAAUGCUUAUACCAUCAUAUCAUUCCACUGACUUUGAGGUACAUCGGAACUGGUUAGCAAUUACUCAUUCUCUUCCAUUAAAUCGCUGGUAUUAUGAUGCAACAAGUGAAUGGACAUUGGAUUAUCCUCCUUUCUUCGCUUAUCUAGAAUGGGGAUUAUCGAAAAUCGCGUAUCUUAUUGAUCCGAAGAUGCUGCAGCUGAAUAACCUAAAUUACUGCUCCAGUGAGACCAAACACUUUCAACGUAUAUCUGUUAUGGCUUUAGACUUUGUUUACGCCCUCGGUGUAAUAAGCUGUUUAAAAGUUUUGCGUAUUUCAAAGAAAUCACAUAAACACUUUACAGCCGAGGUGCUGCUGUUAUUCAAUGUUGGCCUUUUAUUCUUGGAUCAUAUACACUUUCAGUAUAAUGGGUUUCUAUAUGGUAUAUUGCUAUUAAGCAUAAGUUUCUUACUAGAGGAACGAUAUUUGUGGUCAGCUUUCACAUUUUCAAUUUUAUUAAACUUUAAACAUAUAUUUUUAUAUGUAGCUCCAGUAUAUGCAGUGUAUUUAUUGAAAUUUUACUGCUUGAAUAAGACACAAACAUUUGUGGGGAAGUUUCUAAAAUUAAUUGUUGUGGGUUUAUUGCCGUUCGUUGUUUCAUUCGGACCCUUCUGGAACCAUUUGCCACAGAUUCUGAAUCGUUUGUUUCCUUUUAAACGUGGUCUUACUCAUGCUUACUGGGCUCCAAAUAUUUGGGCAAUAUAUAACAGCAUUGACAAAUUUGCAGCUAUAGCACUGGCUAAACCAAAAAGUGGAUCUUCGACUACUUCAGGUCUUGUUCAGGAAUACGAUCAUAUUGUAUUACCAAAAGUUACUCCAAUAAUUACUUUUGUGUUGACUAUACUGUUUAUGUUGCCUGUGCUCCUGAAAUUAUUAUUUUAUACAAAAAAAAGUGAGAGUGGAAUCGUGUUCCUGCGUGCUGUUGUUUUAUGUUCAUGUACUUCAUUUAUGUUUGGAUGGCAUGUGCAUGAGAAAGCGAUUCUAAUGUCUUUACUUCCACUUUGUUUCUUAAGCAUUUUAAAUUCAAAAGACGCUUCUUACUGUAUUUGGUUCAGCAUAAUUGGAUACUUUUCACUAUUCCCGCUAUUAUUUGACAUUGAUUUGUUAGUAAUUCGUUAUUCACUUUAUUUGGGGUAUAUAUCUUUUAUGCUGGCGCAGUUAGUACGCAUCCAUAAAAUGAAGCCAUCUGUGAACGUACUUCAUGUAUUGUAUGUAACUGGACUUUUGAUAAUACCUUUAUAUGAGCACCUGAGUCCAUUGUUGGGGUUGCAACAAAAAUUACCGUUCAUGACUUUACUAUUAACUUCUUUGCAUUGCGGUGCAGGUCUUCUUUACGCCUAUAUUCAAUACUAUAUUCAUACACUGACAGAUAGAAUAAAAAUCAGUACUGAUUCAGUGGUUGAAAAAGAAUCAAAACCAAAAAUGUUGAAGAAUUCAUCAUCUAGUAAAAAUAAUAAUAAGUCCAAAACAAAGCUUUCUGAUUUGGGUUAG